ACAUAUAUAUAAAUUAUAUAUUAGACGCAUCACCACGUCGUUCUCGUUUCUGUCGCGCGAGAACGAGAGGCGCGAAGAGAUUACAGUCUGUGUGUUUAUAUGCUUCCCGAUGCGGCGAACGAGACUGAGAUCAAAUAACGGUCGCUUUACCGUAAUAUAACAAUUCGAUCUGUGAGAAAUUAAGUGCGUGUCGUAAAAGUGCCUUUUCUGUCAUUAACGCACGCAAAAUGUUUCAGAGAGACGGAGCGAAAUUAAGACAGCGCAUAGGGAAAAGAUCGUCGGUCGAAUUACCUUACGAGAGCAAGAUCGCUUUGAAGAAGCAAGACGUACUGCCAAUCGAAACCCAGCAUCUCCUCUUUGUUUUGACAUUCUUUCUCUUUGUAUCGUUUAUUAUAAUCGUACUGGAGAGAAAUCUGCCUGAUCCGAUAACUAUUGAUACAGAGAGAUUGUAUCCAGGAAGAUUCGUAGCUGAACGUGCUCGCAAUCAUAUUGUGAAUCUAACAUCGAUCGGGCCUCGUAUCGCCGGAAGCUACGAGAAUGAAAUCUUAGCUGUUAAAUUUCUCACGACCAUAAUUAAUAAUUUGAUUAUAACAGCACACGAGAAUCAUAGGAUAGUCCUUAAUAUUACAAAGCAUAGUGGUGCAUUCCCACUUAAGUUUUUUGAUGGCAUGACUAAUGUUUAUAGAAACGUACAGAAUGUUAUUGUCAAAGUUGGACCUCAUAGGCCUACGACGUACAGCUUGUUGCUUAAUUGUCAUUUUGAUUCAUUUCUAGAGAGUCCGGGCGGUUCAGAUGAUGGUGCUGGUUGUGCUGUAAUGCUGGAGAUUUUACAAAUAAUUACUCAAAGCCCCAGAAUAUUGAAGCAUAAUAUUAUAUUUUUAUUUAAUGGCGCAGAAGAGAAUAUAUUGCAGGCAUCUCAUGGCUUUAUAACACAGCAUCCAUGGGCAAAGGAAGUUCAAACAUUUAUAAAUUUAGAAGCAUGCGGAGCCGGUGGUCGCGAAUUAUUAUUUCAGGCUGGACCUCACAAUCCUUGGAUGCUUGAGGUUUAUGCCAAAUCUGUGCCAUAUCCUUAUGCAUCAUCCUUAGCUCAGGAAAUAUUUGAGAGCGGCAUUGUACCUGGUGAUACAGACUUUCGGAUAUUUAGAGAUUUUGGAAAAAUUUCUGGCGUUGACUUUGCAUGGUCAAAAAAUGGCUAUGUGUACCAUACUAAGUUUGAUAAUGUUGAUCAGAUACCACUGGGAGCUUUGCAAAGAACCGGUGAUAAUAUUCUUGCAUUGACACAAGGGAUAAUAUUUGAAGAUCAUUUAUCAGAUCCGAAUAUGCAAGAGACACGGGGAAGUCUUGUAUUCUUCGACUUUUUGGGCGCAUUUGUUAUUAGAUGGUCACGAUACAUCGCCAAUACAAUUAAUAUUGCCAGUUUAAUUACAGCUGGGUACUCUAUCUAUUUGAAUAUGCAGAAUGCACGUAGAAAUAUUAAGAGAUGGACGUACAUGAGAUAUGUGACAAUGUGUGUUGGAGUAGUCAUCAUCUCAUGGUUGGCAUCCAUAUUUUCUUGUACGUUAAUUGCCCUGAUCUUGACUAAACUGGGAAAGGUAAUGAGUUGGUAUGCGAGACCGGCGUGGCUAUUUUUUUUAUACAUUUGUCCAACCACUUUCAUGUCGAUGAUUGUAUUCCUGCACAUCGGAUCAAGACAGAGGAAGGAAGUUAGCUCUGCAUGGAUCUUGUAUCAAAUGUACUGUGAUGCGUAUGCCAUAAUAUGGAUGACGGUUCUUUUCGUAUGUGUUUUAUUCGAGAUACGAUCGGGCUUUAUACCAUUGCAUUGGGUCUUGUUCCCAGCGAUUGGAAAUAUCGUGCGACAUUAUUUCUUCAAUAAAUGGAAAGACUGGAAAUGGCUUUGUUAUCAUUUGGGAUCAUUGAGCCUAUCCUAUAUACAAUCAUUUUACUUAUCGCUCGGUGCUCUCUAUCUCUUUAUCCCAAUAAUGGGAAGGUCCGGCGGCAGUAUUAAUUCCGAAGUCAUAGUAGCUAACAUGUUGUCAAUAUUAUUCUGUCUGCUAUUUAGUUACAUGUUGCCAAUAGUGCUUCUAAUAAAGAAUGCGGAACGAAUUAUAAAUGUCAUAGUCGGCAUUUUCUUAAUUGCUAUUGCUGUGUUAAUUUUAACACCGCUUGGAUUCCCUUACAGUGGUGAUCCAUUAUCGCCUGCCCCAGAACGAUUCAUGAUCGCGCACACUCAACGUCAAUUUUAUGAUGCAAAUGGUAGCGUUAGGUAUUCCGGUACAGGAUAUUGGUUAGUGGAUUUAGAUAUGAAUAGUCCUCACAGUGUAGAAUCGAUAGUACCUGAAGUGGCUGUCGCGACGCCAACAGUCAGAGACUGCGAGAAAGAAUUAUACUGCGGUUUUCCAUAUUUAAUGCCAGUCACAACUUUCUUAUGGAAAACGAGUUGGAUUCCUGGACCCGCUCCACUUAUAAGUAUACCUACAAAACUCGAGAUUAUUUCAAAGACUGCAAAACAGCAUAUGGUUAAUUUUACCUUUAAUGUUACAGGUCCUGAUCACAUAGGUAUAAUUCUAUCUCCAUAUAAAGGUGUUCAUUUAAAAAAAUGGUCUGUGAUUGAUGAGAAACCAUUGCAAGGUCCAAUGUGGAACGAUAGAGAGACUUAUUUCAUUUAUUAUGCAUGUGCCUCAGAUUGUAUACCAUAUACAUUUUCUAUCGAAUUGAAUGUGUCCAUCGCGCAGAAAGGCCCGUGUUUGUCGAUCGCGUUAGCCGGACACUUUUUACAUGGCGAACACCAAAGAUCUUUGAGAUUUAAGAAAUUUUUGGCGCAGUUUCCAUCGUGGACUGUCAUCGCUCCCUGGACAGCGACGUAUACAUCAUGGGAAUUUUAACGAGAACGGUAGUAGGAUAAUGAUGCGGUAAGUGCGGACUAAAAUGCAAAGCAAUAUUGUCCUACAAAAUAGAACAUCUCUCGAAAUAAUGAAGCCUAAUAAAACAGCGUUUGAGGUAUGAUUGAAACCUAAUAACAUGGCUAUAUAAUAUCGCUUGAAUAUCUUACAUUUAAUCUUUAAUAUUUCUUAAAAUAUUUCGACACUCGAAAAGUAUCGAGGAAGGUUAACGAAAUACAGUAAAGAAUGAAACGACGAAGCGUUCUCAUUCUGAGUUUAUAUGAAUUUUUUACUAGCGUAUUAUCGUUAACAGAGAUGAUGUCAAAUUAGCGUAAGAUAUUGAUUUAGAUUUAAAUUAUAUACAGAAAUAUCUUAUCAUUAUAUAUAUAUAGAGAGAGGAAGAGUGAAAAGGACAAAGAGAAAGAGAGAUAAUAUAGAUCGAGAAUAUUUGUCCAAAUGCUUAAGAAAGUGAUAGCUACAAUUAUUUUUCAUAGAAUAAAACGUACAGUAAUAUUGCAUAUCAUAAGCACGAUUUAGAAUAAUUCUACGCACUAUUUUUCGAUUUUAUAAUUUCUACAAAUAUUUAAAAAAUCAAAAUCUAGAAAUAUUAAAUGAUAACAUAGAAACUGUGAUUGCAUGAUAUACGCUCUCUUAGUACACUUCAAAUACAGAUUUAAAUAUCGAUACUAGUUCAAGUUGCCAUCCCAAAAUCCGAUAAAUCAACUACUAAUUGCAUCAUUAGUGUAUUGUGCAUGAAUUAUACAAGAACCAUUUGAACUGUUUAAACUGUUUAGAUUGUUUUAUGCUUUUGAAUACCUUAGAGUUUGCGAAUUUGAAAAUUCACGAUUUAAUCGGCCAUAGCUGCUAUUUGACAUAAAAUACAACUCAAUGCUAUCAUCAGAACAUCAUGAAAACAUCAAACUUUCCUCAUAAAUAGACAAUAUAAAUGACAAGUAAAUAGUAUUUUACAUUGUAAUACUUUAGAUGUGACAAACAAAAGUUAUUUGAGAUAAAAUUAAAUAUUUGAAGUUUUAUAUUUUGAAUAGUAUAAUCAAAGAAA